CUUUCGCUCUCUAUCGAAUUGCAUCUCGCUCCUUUCUGCGACUCAAUGCUUCGUUCUCCGACUGGCUGAUUCCUCUCCAGUCUGCGCGCUGGCGGGGACGUCACGUUACUGCUUUCCCCCCUGCUUUAAUCCUUCCAUGCAUACAUCCUCAACCAGCCCUUGUCUCUGCCAGGAUUUGCAGAUGCGAAGCGUUGCCGGUCCGUUAUAUACGUGGUUGUGAUACGCGCCUCUUUCUGCUGUGAUACCCUGUUCUGCUGCAUUUGCCGUGUCGACAUCUCCCGAUCAUCAUGGCCGAUUUUAUUGCUUUCCACACUUAUUACUCUCGCCACAAUUUCCUAUCCCCGUCUACCAUGCUGCCACGUCCCACCAGCCACAAACGGUCGAAUUCCUCCGAGAACAACUCUCUCUCCCCCGACAAGACCGUCACGAAAGCCAGGUCUACCAAUGACCUGUCUGGAACCGUCACUGCGAAGCCGACACCGGGCGUCCGCUCGUCCAGUGUUGGCAACUUCCAGGAAACUAGCUUUAGCACCUUGAAGGAUCCCAGACUUGCGAGCCACUCGGAAGACUCGGAGACGUCAGAGUCAACACAGUCGCAUCAUCCCGACUUGAGCAAUGAGGUCGCAGCUUUGAGCGUCAAGUUGGUCCAGGCGAUCAACAAUCAGACGACACUCGAUGACAACCUAGUCGCCACUCGUCAGGAAUUGGAGCAGGCACAAGCCAAGAUCCGAGCCCUGGAGUUGGAAAAUGAAAAGUAUCGGCAAGACAUUGAUCAGGAAGUUUUGAUCAAGAAGUCCGACGUGGAUUAUGAGAUGUUGCGCUUGCAAGCUGCUUUGGCUGAAGAGAAGGCUCAGCGCGCCCUUGUGGAAAAGGAGAAGAAGGGCAUUGAACAAGAACUAGAGACAUUAACUGCCGCGCUUUUUGAAGAAGCCAACAAGAUGGUCGCCGCGGCCAAGCUUGAGCGUGAGGCUGUAGAGAAGAAAAACGAGCAGCUACGCUCUCAAGUGAAAGACACCGAAGCACUGCUUGCAUCACAUCAAGAACAAUUGGCCGAGCUAAAAUCUGUUUUGCAUGGACUCAACCUCGCCAAGGAUGAUAGCGAGACUCGCACAAUCAUCUCGACAGCUCCGUCAUCACCAACUAUGCCGCGGCAUCCUUUGCAUGUCAGCAAGAAUUCUGAGAUUCCCGACAUACCAGAGGAAAUUCCCACAUUGGAAGAGCUCACUCCAGGGCCGUCCACUAGUUUCCCACAUUUGAUCAAGCCGGUCUGUCGAACGGAUAUCCAAGCUUAUGAGGACUUUCGGGAACUCUUCACGACAUCUCGAGCUUCCAAGCCUGCAAGUCGGGCCACAAGUGGGUCUUACGCUGGCUUGAAUGUCAUGAGUCUGGCUAGUGGGUUCGGUUCAGCGUCGUCAUCUCCCGCCAAAUCUCAAACACAUUCUCCCAAUGGCAGCGUGUCUUCCCCACAGCCCGUGACUUCCCACAUUCCUCUCAAGGAGACCCGCUUCUACAAGCGCGUGCUUUCGGAAGACAUCGAACCGACCCUCCGGCUUGAUGCUGCGCCCGGGAUCUCAUGGCUAACGCGGCGCUCAGUAUUAAGUGGGAUCUGCGAUGGAACUCUCCUGGUUGAACCCAUGCCGCCUUCAGCAAAGAAAUAUGAGUUUCCUUGUUCAAUGUGUGGCGAGCGCAGAAACGGUCCCACCAACGAGAGGACCCAUCGAUUUCGGACGUCCGAUAGCGAGACCGCUCAACGAUACCCUCUGUGUGUACUGUGUUUAGAGAGAGUCCGUUCCAGCUGCGAGUUCACUGGAUACCUCCGUCUCAUCCUUGACGGCCAUGUUCGCAUUGGUGAUGCGGAAGAGGAGAAGGAUGCAUGGGAUGAAACUAUCCGACUAAGGGAGAGAAUGUUCUGGUCACGCAUCGGGGGUGGAAUUAUCCCUUUGUUUGCUCACGCCAAUGGCUUCCAAGGAAAUAUCCCUACACCUACUGAUUGCGUUGAGGCGCCUGUUGCAGAUGGUCGUGAUGAGUGCCAGCGGUCAAUCAUCUCUACUGUCCCUGAGGAUGUCGCUACUGAAACAAAGAACCUAGACGACAUUGAAGAGCACAACCAUGACGAGGGUUCUGUGGGAGACGAUCCGUUUGUGUCUGCUCCCUCCGAGUCAGAAUCUACAGCCAGCAGCGCGGCGGUCUCUCCCACGGAUGCCAACGCACCCGUAUUGAAGACAGACCUCGUUGAUGAUAUGAACGAGCAACCUGAUAUGCAGGUUAUCGUCCCUGAAAAUACGCAUGAUGAAGCCGAUAGCGUCAAGCUCUCAACUGAAGUUGAGGAGACGCCGAACAACCACGACACCACAAAGAAUGGUGAUAACUGAUAUGAUCAAUGCCGAUUUGACCCCACGAUUCUCAUCGUUUCGACAACGCGGACGUCCCUCCGUUGUCUUGCACUCUACUUGGGGUUUGAUUUCGUGUUCCGACCAGCAUUUGCGCGGACC